CUUUCCUCCAUGAGGGCGGCGGGGUGGGGGGAGUCCUGAACCGGAGGCAGGACCCGACGAACUUCCACACUCGCCACAGGAAAAGUCGGGAAAACACAUCUGUCCCCGCAUGACGCUGUUUGUGUCGGCCUGCGUGUGUCGUUAAAGCCGUAGCGGUGACCGUUAGCGGGCCGGCAGUUUCCCGGAGCGCCGGUGAAGUUGUGGCCGCUGUUGACGGCGGUGUGGUAGCGUCGGGACGCUUUCCCGCUAUGGAGAACAUUCACUGAUCGGAUUUGGAAUUGCUUUUCUUGGAUUUAUCCCCGGUAAACCGAGCUGUUCCCGCAUAUAUCCUAUUGGCACUGUGGAGUAGGAAUAUUUGGAUGAAACAAAAUGCCUGGGAAAACCAAGUACAACCUCGUAGAUGAUGGGCACGAUCUGAGGAUCCCAUUGCACAACGAGGAAGCAUUCCAGCAUGGGAUCAACUUCGAGGCAAAGUACAUUGGCAGUCUGGAUGUGGCGCGGCCGAGCAGCCGAGUGGAGAUUGUGGCGGCGAUGAGAAGAAUACGGUAUGAGUUCAAGGUCAAAAACAUCAAGAAGAAAAAAGUCCACAUCGUGGUGUCUGUAGAUGGCGUGAAAAUCACCUUGAGGAAAAAGAAGAAAAAGAAGGAGUGGACAUGGGACGAGAGCAAAAUGAUGGUGAUGCAGGAUCCCAUUUACAGGAUCUUCUACGUGUCUCAUGACUCCCAAGAUUUGAAGAUCUUCAGCUACAUUGCCAGAGAUGGACAGAGCAAUGUGUUCCGCUGUAAUGUGUUCAAGUCCAAGAAGAAGAGCCAGGCCAUGCGUAUCGUUCGGACAGUCGGGCAGGCGUUUGAAGUUUGUCACAAACUGAGUCUGCAGCACACGCAGCAGAACACAGAUGGACAGGACGACCACCACAGCGACAAGAACAGCAAUGACUCCUCCGUCACAGGUGUGCGUGCUUAUCCACCUGUGUGUGUAUGUACUUUCCUGGGCUCAGUUCGGGAGCUAACAGGUGCAGAGAAGACGGCGACAGUCGCUGAAGAGACCGACAUUGAUGCCGAGGAGGUGAGCCAGGCGCUAGCAGCAGAGGAUCUGAACCUCAACAGAGGAGUGACUGACCUGGACGCCACAGCCAAGACAACAGAUGUGAACCUCUCAGAAAACAAGCAGCCUUCAGAGGAGGCUUCCCUGCUGGUGUCCAGCCCCAAGAUGCUGCUCCCAGCAUCAGGCAUACUGCCACCCAGCACCCCGUUGUCUGUGCACCACCAGAUCCAACUGCUCCAGCAACAGCUCCAGCAGCAACAGCAGCAGACACAAGUGGCUGUGGCACAGGUCCAUCUCUUGAAGGACCAGCUGAGUGCAGAGGCCACGGCUCGGCUGGAGGCCCAGGCUCGCGUCCACCAGCUGCUCCUCCAGAACAAAGACCUGCUGCAGCACAUCUCUCUGCUGGUUAAACAGAUCCAGGAACUGGAGACCAAAAUGUCUGGACCAAAUUCCAUGGGUUCCCAGGACAGUUUGUUGGAGAUCACCUUCCGGUCUACAGUACCUCCGGUGAUAUGUGACCCCACGACACCUAAGCCUGAGGUGUCAGCCCUCAACCUGCACACAUUUGGCAACAGCGACGGGACCAGCAAUGCCUUCUCAUCAUCCAACGGGACUCUGGGAAGCCCACUAGGUAGGGACCAAUGUCUACUCAAACUGGAGUGUUUCCGUUUCCUCCCGGGACCCCCGGGGCCUCCACCUCCUCGACUCCCCUCGCCUCCUCAUCCGCUCAAGAUUAACAGGCCAGAGAUCAAAAGUCCAGAAGCGUCAGAGGGUCCAGUAAAGUCUUUGUCCUGCGACGUCAAAUCUCUGGGCUGCCUGGAAUUCACAAGGUUUCGCGAGUCGGGUAUUGCCUCGGAGUACGAGUCAAACACGGACGACAGUGAUGACAGGGAGGAUGAGGAUGAGGAUGAGGGGGAGGAUGAGGACGAGGAAGACAUGGAGAUUUUUGGAUGGGGAACAGAUCAGGAGACAGUGAGGCUACUUAAUGUUCUCAACAGACAGGGAACUCCUGACUGCCUGGGAGAUGAAAUAGCGGUGUAACACUUUAACCUGCCCCACCCCCCCAUCCGGAGAAUCCUAUGGUGGCUUGUUUUGUUCACUUACUUAAAACUGCUGUGUGAGAGAGACAUAUAUUGGAUGUACACAACUACAUAAUCAAGGCUAACGUGAAUUUACCAAUCAUAUUUUUUUUAACCUGGCAGAUUAAAGUUAUAAGCUGCCCUCUAAGGCACAUUCAGCUUGAACUUGAAUUGAAUUUAAGAUAACUAUGGUGUCAGCUGUUUUUAGACGGACAUAAGGCUUCUAUGGGAAAACAUAACCUUGUCCUGCAUUCGAAGUCAGUACAUUAAGUCACACUGGGGAAAACACUGCUGCCACGGUCUUUUGCCUCUGAAAUGGUUGGCUUUAAGAUGAGAGUAGGGCCUGCGAUCAUUCGUAGCGACUUGCCAUUCUCAAAGCAACUUUUGGGUAUCAAAACUGCAAAAACACUGAGUAUGAGGUUAAUUUGACCAUUAUGUGCAGUUUGGUCAUAAUGAUGCUGCAGCAGUGUGAAAAGUUGCAAAUCUGUUGUCCUCUACAUAGAAAUUCACAGGUUCGAGUCCGACCCACUGCACUUUCUUCUACUUUGCACAUCUUCCUCUUCCUCUCCCUCCGCUUUCCUGUCACUCUUCACUGCUCUGUCCAAUAAAGCAGAAAAAAGGCCAGAAAUAAAAUAUUAAUGAAAUUCACACUAACUACUUGAAUUCAGCUCAUAAAUUUGAAACACAAACUCAGAAAUAUGUCUGUGCAGUCAGAGUUGAACUGAUGGGAUGUCUUCCAUCGGGACAUGUGCUAUCCCGAUGGGAUUAACAGUGGUGUCCCAGAUGUAGAGGGCAGAUAACUGAUGGCUCUAAAACUGGACAACUCACAAGAAAACAGUCUAAAUCAAUUAAUAAGGCCAGAGCAUCAAAUGUAAAAAGAAAUCUAAUUAAAAUACUGUCCCUUUAAAAAAAGGACACAUGUGGGCACAAACAAAUUAAUAGCAGAAUGAUGAAUCAAAAAUCAUCGACAGCAUGACAUCAGAGAGGAGAGCAAACAAGAACAUGCCAAACAUUAUAAAUUUUAGGUUUGUCAAACUUAUCAUCCUCAUACAGGAGGCAAAAAAACAAGUUCACACAGGGUAACAGGACAUUUUAUUAGCUAGAGGUUAUCACAAAUCAGCUGUAAGCAAAUAAAGUUUGAUUAUAGAUAAUUUGCUUCUAGUUCAGGCUGAAUUCGCCUUAAGAAUAAUAAUCUGAGUUGGUCACGUACCCUUGGAAAACAAGAGUUUGAGCCUAAUCUGUAUGCACACUCAUGCAUAUAGGGAAGGGUAUUGACAAGAUUUUCAUGAUUCCGAUUCCAUUUUCGAUUCUGUUUAAAAAUUCGAUUCUUUAUCAAUUCUCUUGUCGAUUCUUUUUUAAAAAGGAGAACACUAAGGUCGAUCGGCUUAGAACUUUGUUUUAUAUCUUCUCUUUGAACAAGAUAGAAAUUUAGGAGUAACAUGGCCU